AUGAUGAGAUUGCCCCGGGAUGGUGCCGCCGACGCGCAGGAUCUCCUCGAUGACGGCCUCGAGGUAUGGCAGCGCCGCCGCCGCGUCGGCCGAUGCGAUCUCCUCGACCGACGGCAGGCGCCCCUCGGCGGCGGCGGCCGGGUGCGCGGCGCGGAGGGCGUCGCGCAGCUUGGUCUGGACGGCCGGGUGGUCGGCCAGCAGCUUCAGACCCCAGAGGAGGGUGGUGCUGGAGGUGUCGUGGCCGGCGAUGACGAAGCCGACCGUCUGUUGUUCACGAGAGGUUAGAGGGUUCUACAAGUUGUCCCGGGGCGAGCGGGGGGUGGCUCAACGUACCUCUUGCUCCAUAACCUGCGACUU